AUGACUGCUACCCCUCCUAUUCCCAUUACCAUUAUCACUGGAUUCUUGGGUUCCGGCAAAACAACCCUGCUGCUCUCCCUACUUCCCCAGCUCCCCGCAUCAUAUAACCUCUGCCUGCUCAAAAACGAGUUUGGCGAUGUCGAAAUUGAUUCUCGCCUUGCCUCGCAGGCAUCAAUCUCCGGAGUUACGGAAUUGCUCAAUGGCUGUAUAUGCUGCAAUCUUGUCGGACAGCUCGGCGAUGCCCUAAUCGCCCUUCGCGAUGAUUUUAAGCCCCACCGCAUAGUCAUUGAGACCUCCGGGAGUGCUUUCCCGGCCACCCUUGCGAUGGAGGUUAAUCGCAUCGCCUCCGAAACUAACGGCGCGUUUGUCCUUGAUGGCGUGGUUGUCGUCAUCGAUGUCGAGAAUUGGGCAGGCUACAGCGACACAUCAUAUACGGCGAAGCUCCAAGCGCGGUACACGGACCUGAUUGUUCUCAACAAAUGGGAGAACAUCGAUUCCCGAAGAGACGAUGAGGUUAUGGAUCGGAUCCGCGAUGUCAACGAGGAGACCCCGGUCGUGAAGAGCGAUAAGGGGCGUGUGUCAAAAGACGUCAUCUUUGGGGUUGACAGCAGCCUGGCAAAGGAGCUUUUGUUGCAGCCGAACGGCAAUGGCAAUGACCAUGACCACAAUGACAAGCAUUCGAGGGAGGUUGAGGUGUUGUCGAUCACGCUGCCCUACCAGAUCGAUGGCGCAGGCAAAUACCUUGACGUUGCACAGCUGGAAAGAUUCCUCAAGACGGCGCCUAAGGAUGAAGUUUACAGAAUUAAGGGCACAUUUAGGUCUCACGAACCCCCUCCAUUCGAGACCCCGCUCCCACCAUCCCCGAGGUAUAUCUUGAACUGGGCUUUCGGAAGGUGGACAUACACUGCGCUCAAGAAAUCAACCGUUUCGACAACUAUCGAGGCACCACAGCUCACGCGACCAUCUUCCUCAUCCGCCUCCAACUCCUCGACAGCGCCACCAAGCCCAACAAUGUCGGACGGAAACCGCCGCAUUGAGGUGAUAGUUCAGACAUCCAUCAACACCACGGUCGAGUCCAGGGAGGAUGGCGAGGAUGCGCGGUGGGAUGGGGAACCAACCGGAAGAUUCAUCGUCGUUGCUGGCAGGGGAGAGGGUGAGAGGUGGAGGAAGAGGCUCCAGAAGGAAAACUGGAUCACAUACGACAAUGGGGCGGAAGGAGCCGUCCAGAUUGUAACCGUUUUGUAA